UUUUGCUGACGCUCAGUUCAGCAGCGUGUGCGUUCACGUGUACACUGUGCGCGCUACGUCUGCGAGGAAUCCGUUUCCGUCUGCCAGCAGAAAAUAUCAAGUGUGCGUCGGCGGUUAUACGGUGCUGGGAACUCAACGCCAGCAACGUGUGUGGCAGCUUCGGUCGUAACGGGUAUUGUGCGUGCCUGGUGAUUCGCAUGAACGGUAAAAACACCAACUGCCUUUCGCAGCCGAAAUCGGAGGUGUUUCGUCUUUGUCUUACAGUCCGGAGCGUGUGAAACAUUCCAGUUGUUGCCUGCGAACUUGGACGCAAAGGGCGAUAUCCCUGUAGGACAUUUGUGAGCAGGGCGUGUGGCGUGUUGUCGCAAUGCUGGGCGACUGACUUCGCGCGGCGCGGCCUGGCCAUGGAGCUGUUCCGGCGGGGCGCCAUCUUCGCGACGUUCUUCGGCUCGUGCCUGGCGAUCGCGCUGCUGGUGGCGGCCCUGGGCACCAAGUUCUGGGUGGUGGCGCGCGCGCGCCGCAUCCCCAACCCGCACGAGUCGGACGGCCGCGUCCACUUCGGUCUCUUCGACGGCAAGAAGGAGCUCAACGUCGCCUACGGAUGGCGCACCUACGAGAUCGACAUCGUGUCGGAGAUGCGUCCGCCGCGGCAGCUGCUGACGUGGGGCCUGUGGCUGGCCACGGUGGCGUCGGUGGGUUGCGGCUUGCUGUUCGCUGCGCUCGCCGCCCUCUUCGCCGUCGUCAACACGGCGGCCACGCCGCCGGGGCCCAUCACCGCCGUGCCGGGACUCUACCUCUGGAACUCCGUCGCCAUGUUGUUUGACCUGGCAGCUAUCAGUCUGUGGACUGUCCAAUACUAUCAGAAACUUCAGGACAAUGUGAUGAGCAUCGAAGAUCUGGACAACAUGUGGACGUCAGCUGGCAUGGCACAUCUAGGUUAUUCUUUCUGGUUUGUUGUUGGAGGUGCCAUAGUACAUGCUCUUAAUAUGGUGGCAAUCUACGUGGGCACUCGCCGCUCAAGGCAUAAGGAUGUUCCCCAGCCUAUGAUGGAAAUGAAGAACAGUGGUGCAAUAAUGUUGUACUGAAUUUGUUUUGACAUUCUUCAGGAAUUUUGUUACCGGAUACAUCUGAAGUGUUUUAAUAUUUUUCAUUACUUCAGUGGAAACUGUGCAGGAUACAUGUGACACAAACAGAAUGGAAAUCUGUGAAACUACAGUGAAGAUUUGACCAUUACUUAGUGUUUUGUGAUUAAAUAGUUUACGGAUGAACAAUGGAGAAAAUGUAAAUACAAGUUUGCAAUGAGACUGAGCAAGAGUGUGAUGAACUAUAGUAGACAUGAACUUUUUACAUUUUUGUGGACAUAGAGGCAACAGAAACAUCUUUAUGAGACAUUACUGCUAAUUCUUGUUUAUAGUAUUAAACAUAAUAAUUAUUUUACAAAAUUGCUGAAUCAGUAUUGCAAUUCUGAGAAUUCCCUAUUAAGAAGUAGGAAGUAUUGUAUAGUAACAAGUGGAAUAUAUUUUUAGAAAGACCAAAGUAAUUUUGUAUAGUGGAACAUCGAAUUAGAAUACUUUCAUGAUUUAUAAAUAAUAA